CGGCGGCGGCGGUCGGCCCGGUCCCGGUAGGUGCGGUCCCGAGCGGCGGCCGGAACGUUCCUGUCGCGGGCCGCGUCCCCUGCCGUACAAGGGGGAGGCCGUACGGGGCUUGAGCUGGGACUCCCCCAGCCUUGGUAUCGCCGUUACUGUCUUUCGCAGCCGUGGUUUCCAACGUUUCUUGCGCGUGAAAUAACCGCGUCGCCUGGGCUCGCCGCCUCAGCUGCCGCGGGCCUCAGAGGACCGGGGCACCGCGCUGUGCUCGGUAGCGCCGGGCUCGCAGCAGCGAACUCAACCCUGGGGCAGCAGCUGCUUCCUUCCCGGUAUCCCGCCUGUGCAGGACUUUCCGACGUAAAAUAAUCCAUAGCGAUCGGCAGCUUACCAAAAAGAAACCUGAUAAGCUAUGGAUGCGGGACCUUAGUCUGAGACAUCAAGAAACUUGCAGUUAAAUCGCAUUCUACCUGAUGUGCUUGAGGCUCACAGCAUGCCAGGACUAAUGUCCUUGGAAAUGCAAAAUAGAUUGACCAAGAACUGGAACAAGAUGGUAUCUAUGCUCAAAAAUGUCAAGGCAACAAUGGGCUGGCGGAAACACCAGCUCCUAGCUGACUUCGAUGAAAAUGACAGCCCUGUACCAGACAAAUUCAAGAGAAGGGCUUCUUUGAGUUCUCUCAAUACCAUCCGUAUGUCUCUAAGGAAGCGAAUACCAUUGAAACAAGUAGAGCUGAAUUUCCAUGAGACCCCAACUUGGGAAAGUAUGGAAGCAAGAGGAAAGUGCCAAACUCUCCAGAGUAUUACAAGAACAGCAAGAAAUGCUUUUGGAAUGGUGUCCCAGAAAAUACAGAAGACUCGCCAAAACCCAAUACACUCGACUGUGGCCUUUCCAGAUGGAUCUGUUGGUAGGAGAAGCCAUGCAACCAGUUUUUCCAGGAAAAGAAGUACUAUGCCUCAAACCCCUUGCCAUAACAAGAAUAGCGUUACUCCAGCAGCCAGUUCCAUGGGCACCCCAAGAUCCAGCAAAAGAGCCUUGCUUGGGCCAACAAGGGUGUCAGAACAUAGAGAAUGGAGGGGUUUCCCAUCCUGGCAUGGUGAAGAUGCUGUCCCACUCCGGAGAUCAAGAAGAGCAGCAGCGCUUAAGAGCCCCUAUUCAUCACCUGCUCCUGCCAGCAGAAUGACAGAGUUUGAGUGUGAGUUGGAACUGGUCUCCUCAGGGAUUCGCCGACUGAAGCACCUCUCUCAGGCACUUGAUGAUGGUAUUGUACAAGAGGAGAGUGAUAUGACAGUUUCUCUCAUUCGUAACUGAAGAUAGUAUCAACCAGGCAGCAUGCGAUAUCAAACUACUACUGUCUAAUGGCACAAAACCUGCAGUCUGUACAUCAAUCUCAGAAAUCUUCUCAGGCUAUCAGAAGGCAAGCAAAGAAACUGUUGAGCAGUUGGUACCUGGACAGAGAUGGCUAUAAGUAGUGUUGGUUUGAGUAUAUCUGAAGGAAGACUUCGACUGGGACCUGAGAGACUGUACUCUAUGCUUUGAACAUAACUGACUACUUUGAAUAAGCAAUUAUAUUUUAAAAAUCUUUCUUAACAAAGCAGCCUGGGACUUCCAUUCCCUUGCUUUCUCUUUUAAAGUCAAAUGAAAUUUGUACCACGAUGUAUUACCUCCUACUGAGAUAAGGGACCAUCCUGAAAGUGGCUUUCAUAGGCAGUAAGUACUUUGAAACAUAUGUUGCACUGACCAUGGUCAGAGAAAGGGUCACAGAUUUAUAAUAUACUAAAAGUAGUGAUCUGUUAUUUUCAAAACCUAACUUUUUUUUAAAUACUAACAAACUAAAAGUUAAGCAUGACGUUUAACUGGAAGUUAAAGAAACAAUAAUUGCUUGAGUUCUGACCACAAAUGCCAUUCCAAGGCAACAGGUUUCUGUGGAGUCACUCAAGCCACAAUAGUGCAGCCACAUUAGGACUUUAACUCACAGCCUAAGGACUGCUGUUAUGUUAGCCCAACUUGUCUUUCAAACUAAAGCAAAGAUUUUUCAAGCUUCUAGAAUUCAACACCAGGGCUGUUUUCUAUGGUAGCAGUUUUGUGCAGUCUUUUGGAAUUACUUUCACUCUAAGAUGUACCUUCAAACGAAAGACUGAGUUGGUAAACUUUUAUCUACAAUCAUUUUUAAGAUGCACAUAUAAUUUGGUAAAACUGGAACAGCCUAAGUUUUAAUGGUAUUAAGUACAAAUAUGAGAAGCAGUCAUGUUCAAUUCUGAUUUAUGUGUAAUUACUGAUUUUUAAACUUGCUCCGAAUUUUCUUUUCUCUUGUCAAACUAUCAAAUAUUGAAACAGUUAAUAAAGCCUGGAAACAUCCCAGACAUCUAGGCUUUCAGA